ACCAGCAGCACCAACACCACCCUCGCCCCAAGGUGUUUGUCCUGAGAGCUGGGAGCAGAGAGGGAGCUGUGAAGCCAGGGCUCACGGAGGACAAGCGACCGCCGAGGCGCUGACCGGGGACAAAAGGAUUGCAGAACAAGGAAGACCAGAAAGGAGGAGAAAAGGCACAGGCAGACGGAGCUGUUAGCAGGAGGAGUGCUGACGUUAAGCAGAAGAUGAGUUCGUACACAGUGACUCUGAACGGCCCUGCUCCAUGGGGCUUCAGACUACAGGGAGGCAAGGACUUCAACAUGCCACUCACUAUCUCCAGGAUAACUCCUGGCAGUAAGGCAGCAGGUGGAAGUCUGGCCCAGGGCGACAUCAUCUCAGCCAUCGAUGGGGUCAACACCGAUGGGAUGACGCACCUGGAGGCCCAGAACAAGAUCAAGUCGGCUAUCCACAAACUUGCACUCACAAUGCUGAAAUCAAGACGUCCCGCUCCAGUUCCCACGGCAACGCCAAGAAUGGAGUCACCGAUGCCCAUCAUCCCUCACCAGAAGGUUAUUGCCAACACAGCUGCAAAUGUUGAGUACACCCCAAGUUUCAACCCCAUAGCUUUGAAAGACUCAGCCCUGUCCACCCACAAACCCAUAGAGGUCAGAGGUCCAGGAGGGAAGGCCACCAUUGUUCACGCCCAGUACAACACACCCAUCAGCAUGUACUCACAGGAUGCCAUCAUGGACGCCAUCGCUGGACAGUCACAGGCUAAAGGGCAUGACGGUGAGGAGGCGGGAUCAUCUUUGGCUGGGGUUCUGCCUAUCAAGGAGCCCGUGGUGGACUGUGCCUCUCCAGUGUACCAGGCGGUCAUCAGGCCAGGAGAAACACCUCAGGACAUGGCUGACUGGGCUCGCCGUGCCGCCAACCUGCAGUCUAAAAGCUUCAGGGUCCUGGCUCACAUCACCGGAACUGAAUACCUGCAAGAUCCAGAUGAGGAGGCACUGCAGAGAUCAAGAGAGAAGUUUGAGUCAGAGGUCAAAGGCCCACGCUUUGCUAAGCUGAAGAACUGGCACUGCGGAUUGUCUGCACAGAUCCUCAAUGUCCAAGAAUAAAGAGGUGGAGGAGGAAGCACUAAGAGGGGAAGAACGAAGGACGAGAGGAGGACAUGUAAACAUGGGCAAAAACACAGGAAGUGGGAAUGAAAUUUGAAGAGGAGAUUGAGCAAAGGGAGAAGGGAACUUCUCUGGAAUGUGAGAUAAAUUGUUGUGGUGUAGAUUAUUAGACAGUUUAUUAGUUCAUGUCAGUGUGAGAAUGCUUUCUGUUUUUAAAUGUCCAAUAUGUGUGUCUGCUGUUAAGACCUGAUCUCACUUUUGGGUUUUUCUUUCAGUUUUGUUUCCUGAUUAUUUGUCUCCUAAAAGAAAGGGAAACUGUACAAAAGACAAGUAUUUAUGUGAACCCAACCUCCCCGCUAAAAACCCCCCACAAAUGUAUGAUUUUAAACCUAAAGGAGCGCGUUUGCAUAUGUUGCUAUUAGAGAAAAACAGUAUGUAUCUACAUGCACAAAUACUGUAUGUAAAAAUGCACUCAGAACUGUACUGAUAUCAAUGUGAAUAAAUGUUUUCUUAAACCUA